AUGAAUGACAGAAUAGUUUUAGAAAGAAACUCGUCUGCUUUGAGACGACGGACACUAAAUCAGCCACAGCGACAACACAACUCAGAGGUUCAUGGGAGGACACGGCAAUCCACAGAAGACAGAACUACAAGAUCGGUUUCAUCUGAACUCAGGAUUGUGCUGGUGGGUAAAACUGGAUCAGGAAAGAGUUCAGCGGGAAACACCAUCCUGGGCAGGGAGUGUUUUAUCAAGGCUGUUUCACCAGAAUCAGUUACUAAGACCUGUGAGAGAGGAGAAGCACAGAUUGGUGAGCGGAUCAUCUCAGUCAUCGACACUCCAGGCCUGUUUGAUACACGGAUGUCAGAAGGGAAAAUUAAGUGUGAAAUAGAGAGGUCUGUCUACAUGUCUGCUCCUGGUCCUCAUGCGUUUCUGCUGGUCAUCAGACUGGGUGUGAGAUUCACAGACGAGGAGAAAAACACAGUGAGAUGGAUUCAGAAGAACUUUGGAGAAGCAGCUACUCGAUACACCAUCAUUCUGUUCACUCACGCUGAUUAUCUCAAGGGAAGACCGUUAGAUCUGUAUAUCACUGAAAGUGAAGAUCUGCAGGCUCUUGCUAACAAGUGUGGUGGCAGAUAUCACCCAUUUAACAAUGAAGACACGAGGAACCGCGAUCAAGUCACAGAACUGCUGGAGAAUAUUGAGAUCAUGGUGGAGGAGAACGGAGGACAGCACUACACUAAUGAGAUGUACCAGGACGCUCAGAGAAAGAUACUCCAUAGAGCAGAGUUCUGGUCUGAAAGUCCUCGUAUUGUGCUGCUGGGUAAAGCUGGAUCAGGAAAGACCAGCGUGGCAGAAACCAUCCUGGGACAAAGGAGAUCUGAGAGAUCUGAAAGCAGCGAGCUAAAACAAGUAUUUCGGCGAGAGAAACUUUCUUCAGUCACUGGUUCACAGCUGCGGUGGCAGAUUUCACUCAAUCGACAGUCAGAAUAG